AUGAAUAUAAAUAAGUGUAGCUGUAAAGAAAACCGUCCACCAACUGCUGGACGGUCUGGUUGUGGUUGUAAUAUAAAUGCUCCAAAAAUACCAAUGGACAGUUUCAAAGUGCCAGCUGUCCCCGUUGGCCGACCUCUCGGUAAAGUAAACGAAAACAAGGAGCUCGGGAGUCAAGGUGCUGGCCCAGCUAAAAAUGAUGACAAGAAGAAAUCAUGGUCUCUCUCGGAUUUUGACCUGGGUCGCCCUUUAGGUAAAGGAAAGUUUGGCAACGUCUAUUUAGCACGUGAAAAAGAGUCUCACUACGUCGUUGCUCUUAAAGUACUAUUCAAGAGCCAAAUAUUAGAUUCUGAAAUCGAACAUCAAGUGCGGCGAGAAGUUGAAAUACAAUGCAGACUCCGUCACCCGAAUAUAUUGCGUAUGUAUGGAUAUUUUCACGACGAAAAACGUAUUUAUUUAAUUUUGGAAUACGCUAAACAUGGAUCCAUGUACAAAUUGCUGAAAGAGCGCGAACGCUUCGAUGAGAAAACUGUUGCAAUUUACAUUAGGGACUUGACUAAAGCACUUGUAUAUUGCCAUGCUAAGAAAGUCAUACAUCGAGACAUUAAACCGGAAAACUUACUUAUUGGUCACAACUGGGAGUUGAAGAUAGCCGACUUUGGUUGGUCAGUACAUUCACCAUCAUCAAGGCGAAUGACUCUGUGUGGUACAUUAGACUACUUGUCACCAGAAAUGAUUGAGGGCAAGCCUCACAACUAUGCUGUGGACAUAUGGAGCCUAGGAGUGCUCUGCUAUGAAUUGCUUGUUGGUUUACCUCCCUUUGAUGCUAAAGACUCUCAUCAAACAUACAGGAAGAUACGUUACGUCAUUAUCAAGUACCCAGACUUUAUAUCCGAGAAAGCAAAAGACUUAAUGGGUAAAUUAUUAGUUAUCAACCCAGAACAAAGACUGCCAUUGAUCAAUGUAUUACAGCAUCCAUGGAUCACAGAAAAUGCUCCAGAAGGAGCACAACCACCUGCCUUCAACCCUGAACAAAAACAACUAUAA